GAGAGAGAGAGAGGAGAAUUGAGAAGACGAAGAAUUUGCAGAGAGAGAAUUGGGGGAAGACGAAGAAUUUGCAGAGAUGUACGGAUUCGAGAGCCUGAGAACGAAGGGGGACAUAGAGGAGGGGACGCUGUACCCAGGGGUAGGGUACGGCGAGAACCAGCUGCGAUGGGGAUUCAUCCGCAAGGUCUAUGGCAUCCUCGCCGCCCAGUUCCUCCUCACCACCGCCGUCUCCUUCGUUACCGUCCUCUACGCCCCCGUCAAUGAACUUCUCCGCGGAAACUCUACGCUCUUGCUCUUCCUCAUGUUCCUUCCUCUCUUCUUGCUUUGGCCCCUGUAUGUGUAUCAGCAAAAGCAUCCACUGAACUUGAUUGUCCUUGGCCUUUUCACUGUGAGUCUGAGCCUCACUGUUGGUGUGAGCUGUGCCGUUACAGCUGGAAGAAUUGUUCUUGAAGCCUUAAUUUUAACAUCAGCUGUGGUUGCCUCCUUAACGGGGUACACAUUCUGGGCUGCUAAGAAGGGCAAGGAUUUCAGUUAUCUUGGACCAAUCUUGUUCACCAGCCUCGUUAUCCUCCUCUUUACUGGUUUAGUCCAGAUGUUUUUCCCACUCGGAUCCACCUCGGAAGCAAUUUACGGCGGACUCAGUGCUAUAGUUUUCUCUGGCUACCUAGUUUAUGACACAGAUCAUCUGAUUAAGCGGUUCACAUAUGAUGAGUACAUCUGGGCAUCUGUCACUCUCUAUCUGGACAUCCUCAACCUGUUCCUUGCCAUUCUAAGGGUUCUGAGGCAGGCUGAUAAUUAGUUGCAUAGUGCAUCUCCAAGAAUUGCCCCAAGCAAGUUCUCCAAUGGCUGUUUACCCUGUAGUAACUGAAUGACAAUUGUGGAUGUAUAUACGCUUGGUUAAAAAGAUGCUUCUGCAGGAUUGUCUAUGAUCUGAGUACCACCAUGGGUGUUAAAUAAACUUCAAUCAAGCGUGUUAAGUAGUUUUCUUCAGAAUGAUUCAUUGUUGCUAAAUUUUACAGCUGUUUUCCUCUGUAUUGGAUUCGUUUCACCUCACUA